AUGGGGCUCCCGGUUACCAUCAAAGUCAAUUUUCGAGGGAAUGUUAAGAGAUUCCUGACGGGUGACCUGGACAAGCUGGAGUGGAGCUCGGUGGAAGCCUGGAUUAAAGCGUCGUUUGGAAUUAACCACUUUCAAGCGAAGUACUUUGAUGAGGACAGCGAAGAGAUUUGCAUCAACAGCCAAGAGGAGUAUGAGGAAGCAAUCAAGAGUGCUGAGAAGCAGGGCAACCACCUCAACAUGAAUGUGUACAAGCUGAAGGGACAAGCCUGUGGGGGGCCUCUCAAAACUGAAGUUAAGGAGCUCAAGGGCGACCUAAGACCAGCUCCCCCUUAUCCUUCACGGGUCAAGACGGUGGACAAAGGCACACAGGUCACCCCGGAGCGAGAAUCUGUGGUCGCCAAGGACAACAAGGGGGCCAAAGCAGAAGAUGAGCCUCCUCCCAUGUGGUUCAGAUCCUACAUGGAGAAGUUUAAAGAUGAGGUGGUGAAGGAGGUCGUGGAGCGUAUGUGCAGUGACUUCUCCGGCCAGUGUUGUACCCACAAGUCUCCUGCAGCACCUCCGCCCGAGGCCAGCGGGAACAGUUGCGCUCCUGUCAUGGGACCGAGGCCCGGACCCCCCGCCAACACUAUUGGGCCCAAGCCGGGACCGUCCACCUCCAGUGGUUCUCUUGGUUACACACCAAAUUGCAGCAGCUGCAAUAAACUCACCUCUGAAGGAGCCUACAAGUGCAGCGUUUGCCCAUCCUGCAUUCUAUGUGAGAUGUGCCGGCACAGCCACGACCCCAGCCACAACCUCGUGAGAACCAAGACGCCCCUGUCUAUCCCCGAGCAUGGCAUGUCGGGAGAAUUGAGGUUCCCACGACGAGGAGACAGGACGGUGCGCAAGGCCGAGCGACAGCGCCUCAAAGCGGAAAGGAGGCAGCUACGAGCCGAAGUGAAGGAAAUCAAGAAGAAACUAAGACUGGAGAAGCGGGGCUUGCAGUGGUGCGGGCCCUCUACCUCGAGCCGAGCUGCCACUCUGACUAACACGGCCUCCGCCUCCACCCAGGCCCCUGCCCCGCCACCCCCGCCCGCUGCCUCAGACACAGCCUCAGGUCCCGCCCCCGCCCCGGCCCCCGAUCCCCAGGCCUCCAGUCCAGAGGGUCCCGGGGCCUCGCACUCGUCCUUGCUGCCCACUUUGGCCGCCUUGUUUCUGGAUGAAAAUCUGCCGGACGGCACUCGUCUGGAGCCUGGUACCAAGUUCAUCAAAUACUGGAAGAUGAAGAACUCGGGGACUAUCGGCUGGACCCCUGAGACUAAGCUGGUGUUCAUGUGGGGCAACCUCGGCCUGGCGUCAGAAGAAAGGAGGUCAGUCCCUGUGCCCCUGCUGCUGCCGGGCCAAGUUGGCGUAGUCAGCGUAACCUUUGUGGCGCCCGUGAUGGAGGGCACAUACACCUCACAUUGGCGGCUGGCGCACCGCGGCCAUCAGUUCGGACCACGCGUGUGGUGCAGCAUUGUGGUGGAGCCGGGCAAUGGCAUCAAUGCACUUAAGCACCACAGGAAACGCUUGAGGGAGCAGCUGAAGCCGGGGUCAAAGGAUGAGAUCCUGUCCAAAGAGUGCUUGGAGGUGGACAUCAGGCACAAUGGCUUUUUCCUGCCUUACGUAGACCUGCUGACAGCACAGGAUCUUCUGUCCUUUGAGUUGAUGGAUAUCAACAUUGUGCAGGAGUUGGAGAAGGUUCCGAACAACACUCCCGUGGAUUUGACACCUUGCAUCUCUCCUUUGCCCCAUGAUGCAGCAGUGCCAGAGAAGGCGCUCACUGCGCAGAUCAAAGACGACUCGCAGGUCACAGGCGUCCGCAAACUUUUUGGAGGGAAAACCAAGCACCCGAGAGAGCACCCGUGGGAGGCGGCUGUCCUGGGCGAGGAACAUGAGGAGGAGAUCAGCGGUGCUCAGUUCCUGUGCGAGACGGUCAUCCGCUCACUUACCCUGGAGGAAGCCCCUGACCACAGGCCUGUGCGUAGGAACCAGGAGCAUAGCGCCCGCCAGGCGCAAGUCGUUUCACGAGGUCCCAAAAUGGGUCCAGAGGGAGAGCCGCCGUCCGAGAAGGGCGAGCGAGAAGACAAUGAGAUUUGCGGACCAACGACAAUGCCAGAAAUCAUUGGUGGCGUCCUGCCAGUUGGUCAGCAUCAGGAUGACGAGGAUGAUGAGGAUGAAGAUAUGAAGGAAUGUAAGGAGGAGAAAGCUGAUGACUGGGAUGAGGUGAGCAGUCAGACGUCCUCGUCCUCCUCUUGCGAUGACUUCAUCAUCGUCCUGCCUGACUGCUUCGACAUGAGUCGCCCGCUCGGAGAGUCCAUGUACAGCUCGGCGAUGUCGCAGCCGGACGCUGUCGUCACGGCAACACUGGCCAGCCCGGAGCCGCUGCAAGAGGAGGACUAUGCCUCAGACGCAGGAGGGGUGUCGCCACCACCACCGGGAGAGAGGGAACAUGACGAUGAGAAGCAGACAGAGGAUGACGAUGACCCGGCAGGUGAUGUCGUGACCUCAGACGCCCUCACCAUCCACAGCAGUGUGAACCAGAUGCUGUGUGCCUCGCAAACACUGGACGCCGCCACCCUCACACCGGAAGUGGUUCCCCCGCCGCCGGCCAUCUACUCGCCCAGGUCUGAGGCUUUAUACCUGGCUGAGGACGCGUGUCACGCAGCAGAAGAGACGCACACGCCGAGGGUCCAUGCCAAUGUUUCCUCGGGUCUGUCCAGAUCCGCGGGGUCAGCGUCCAGUGCCUUUGAGACGUACAACCCUAGACCUAGCAAUGCACUGCAACCCAGGGUUCAAGGGGGCCUCACCGAGGGCCUGGUCAAGGGGGCCCUCUCUGUGGCGGCGUCUGCUUACAAGGCUCUGUUUACUGGGCCUAACUGUCCCAUACAGCGCGGGGUGGACCCGGCAGCCCGCCAGGAUCCGUCCCUCAUGGCCAUGCUGCUGGAGAUGGGUUUCCGAGACCGGCAUCUCAACCAGCGUUUGCUGCGCAAGCACAGCUACAACCUGCUGCACACCGUCAACGAGCUGGUGCAGAUGGCUGAGGACGCGCCGCCAGGACGCGCUGUCCAGGCUCCCCACUGA